AUGAUUAGCGAUGAUUGUGUGCACAAGAUAGAACUAGAUAAUCUAGAGAACGGCGAAAUUAUAAAGCACACGAUACUACUAAUUAAGGGGCACAUUCGUCAACAGCGACAGGCCAAAAAGUGUAGAGAGCAACACAUUUUAUUACGAGUAAGGCAUGACGCUAGCGUUCUAGAUGCAACUUGGGAGUUGCAGAUACAAUCGAAAAUUUCCAGAACCGGUCAGUUCAAACUACUUUGUGAUUUUGCUCAGCAUGAACUCGAGACAGUCUGCACACGAACACCACUGAUACUAAAUUUUAGUUACUGCAACAUCGUGUAUCAAUGCGAGAUCCUGUAUGAAUCUACCGCUUACAGCAAAAACAAUUAUCGUCUGCAAGCAUUGUACAUCACAUGUGUGAAUCAGAAGCCUUUAGCGGCGGAGCAAGUGCAUGAAAAUUGUGAAAAAAUCAAUUUGAAUCUACGCUUGGUGCAGUCUGUAUAUGCCGAACAGUUGCGAUCUGCUGGUUACGGUAGAAGAACUUUUACAUUAAACAACGAUUGUAAAGUAUUUGAAUCACACUUAACAUGUGAAGAAGUUUGGGAGCAAUCUGAAGAAAGUUUGUGGCAAAAUUUUGCAAAAGAAAUACUUAACUCGUCUACUUGGGGUGGUGAGGAAAAAUUGAAAUUUGUUGCGUUCAUUGGUUGUACAAAAUAUGAUGGUGCAGCCGUAGCAGUCACAGGAGAUUUUUCUUAUUCAAACAUACGUAAACAUUUGAAAGGCCACGCAGCACUAGGUGGUGGUGGUCUAGCGCUUUUUGGUGCAGCCUACUUAUAUGCAUGGCCACGGAGCUUUAACGAAAUCAACGCAUGUUUUGGCAGCAACAAGUUGAUUGAUCUGACACAAUUACCAGACGAUAGCAACUAUCGGCGUACAUAUGGCGGUGUUUAUGCAACUACUUUAGGUGCCGUAGUGCAUGAAAUUGGACACACUUUCGACUUGGGUCAUACUAAAGAUGGUGUGAUGGGCAAUGGUGUCGAUUAUAUUAAUCGUGUUUUUACAAUAGACAAUUUGACCGAACAUCUACCGGAAAGAGUGAUACAGCGACCGCUACCAGAAUUGCGUACUGAAAUCGCGACGCGUCCACGUUUCACACAGCUCAAACGUGCAACAAACACUUUUUUGGAAAAGUAUCACGAACAGAAGAUAAAUGACUCAUUUUAUUUUACGCCAAAUUGUGUAAUUAUUUUAGCUUAUAAUAAAUGGUUUCGAAAUUCGAACGACUAUAAUGCUGAAGAGAAUACGGUUGAUGCUACAAUAACCUAUGAUGCUGUUAAUAGCUGUGUGAUUGUUGAGGGACACGAGAAUCAGCUCCGUCUGAUAGAGGUGCGUAGUAUUGAUAACAGUUUAGUGAAAUAUUGGUAUGAGCCACAGUCAAACAAAGAGUGCAGUGAAAUUUAUAAAUUCUACUUGCCAAAGGAAGCGGCUAAAGUGCUCGGAGAGAAUCAUUAUUUGUUUGUGCUAACACGGUCGGGCAUAACAAAGCGUUUUUGUGAGAAUUAAAAUUGUUUUAUACAAUUAAAAUUAAAUCAGAAACAUGGCUAUUUCACCGAAAUUAAUCUUAAACUGAACACGAAUGGUUUGAAGAAAUUCAAUAUUUAUUUACAAAGCAGAAAAGUUUUUUUUGAUUAAAAACAAUAUAUAUAUUCUUUUGAUGGUAAACAAAUCGGUAAUCAGAGUCACAAUAUCAACACUCACAAGCAAA